ACUUUUUCCCUAUCCACACAAAUUGCAGAGAGAGAGAGAGAGAGAGAGAGAGAGAGAGAGAAUGGAUCAUACUUUUCUAUUCCAACAGCCUCCCCCUGCAUACAUCAGAGCCCUGCCUCCGAUAACCCUUCUAUUCCUAUCGUACUUGUGUUUCUCGGAGAUCAUCGGGAAACACCUCCAGUAUUCCAAGUUCUGGAACGUUAACUCCCAGUCCAAAUCCAAUCAGAUCAAGCUCUCCAGCAAGACGGGCAUGCUCUUCCUGUAUGGACCUGCGUUCCUCGCCGGAGUAGCUUCCUUUGGCCUCUUCCCAUACGGUGGCCUCAGGUUUCUGCUCCUCAAAUCGGCUCUGACCAUCCAUUUCUUCAAAAGGAUCUUGGAGGUUCUAUUUGUUCACAAAUUCAGUGGUGGCAUGGUCCUGGACUCUGCCAUUCUAAUCUCAGGUGCCUAUUUCUCCUUAGCUGCAAGCAUGAUAUACGUGCAACACUUGACUGAAGGGCUUCCGCAGCCAUCAAUCGAUUUGAAGUAUCAAGGGGUUGUGAUCUUUCUAGUGGGAAUCUCCGGCAACUUUUACCACCAUUACCUCCUUUCAAAACUCAGAGAGAAGGGUGACAGAGGAUAUAAACUUCCGAAAGGAGGCCUCUUCAAUCUGGUUCUUUGCCCUCAUUACCUCUUUGAAAUCCUAGCUUUUUGGGGAAUUUUCUUUGUAUCACAGACGGCGUUGUCACUGUCAUGCGCAUUGGGCGUGGCUUUGUACUUGGCCGGAAGGAGUUUCGUCACCAGAAAAUGGUAUCUUUCUAAAUUUGAAAACUUCCCUGGGGAGGUCAAGGCUUUGGUUCCAUUUGUUUUCUAGAUACUUGAAGGAGGCUGAAUCUUCAAGUUGCAACUACUUCUGUCAACUACUUUGUAAGCAGGAGCUAAUCUGCACAACUGAGCACAUGAAAUCAAAGGUUGGCUUUCUUGA